UCAUUGGUAUAUAGUGAAACGAAUUUGUUGUUUUUUUUCCGAACGUUGUUGUUGAUUUUCUGGAAGAUUCUUUGGGUUGUCGUAAUUGUAAUGAAGUCUUUAGCCUGAUUUCAAUUUAUUAAAUCGCCGACAUUUCUUAUGUGGAAUUUAUGGUGAUAAUUAAAAUACUAUAAUCUGAUAUGGCAGUUAUGUUUGGCGUAAUAGUUUCUGGGAGGCUAGUUCAAACAGAUUUUCAGCAAGUUAGCGAGACGCAGUUUUUGACAACGAUACUUGAGGCGGACAGUAUUAAUCAUAUAGUUGUGUUUCUGACAGGUGCCCAACCUUUUCCCCCGGAGUUUGGGGGAUUGGUGUAUUUCAGUUGGCCUGAUAGCAGUGCUCCGCCAAUGUGGCAACUCUUAGGUCACAUUUCGAACGAUAAACCAUCUGCAAUUUUUAAAGUGUCGAAUUUGAAGAAAACAACGGAGAUGGGAAAUGCGCAAUCAAGUCAGUUCAUAUUUGGUCAACAGAAGAUAUCUCACAAUGCCCAGAUUGGAAUAUCAGUCGAGCCACUGAUGAACGUUCAACAACAGUCAGCUCUCGUAGCGAGUCAGCAAACAAAUUCAUUCUUAGAAUUCGCUCAAAAAAUGCUUGAAAACUUUUUCAAUUAUGCUGCUAGCUUUGCAAUGAACCAUGCUCAAAUGGCUCAGAAUCCCUCAGAAACAUUUAUUCCAUUAUCUACACUUCAGUCUUGGUACACAAACUUCGAAAGAAGAUUACAACAGAAUCCAAACUUUUGGCGCUAAUAAAUUAAUUUUAAAUUGGGAUGAUUGUUACCCAGUCUGAACUCAAUAUUCUCCUGUUGGAAAAAGAAACUUAGCUUGUAAAGUGUAGCGAAAAUAUGUAUUAAAAACUAGAAAAACGGCAUCUCUUGCAAAAAAGUUUGAGGAUGGGAUUCCAAAGGAUCAACGAGGAAUGCACCAACAAAUAAAUUUCCCACGGAAGGAUGAUUUUCUGGUACAGCAUUUGCAUGCAGUCGGACUAAACUUCUGUUGAUGAGCAAUUUGACUUUUUCAUGCCGUGCAAGAUUAGAAUUUUCAGGAACAAAGAUAAGUUGAAAAUUCCAGUGUUUUUACUUUUUUUUUUUUUCCAAGAGGAAAUACUUUUUUCCAGAAUGUAUUUUGCCAGCAUGUGAUUUUGAAAGGUUGUCAAAUGUUUCUGAAGUUAUUUGUGAAAGGUGGGGAAUGUAUUUUGUUUUUUGCCUUGUGUCGUCGGGACUUGUGAAGUGAGUUUCUGUUUUACCUAAUCUUUGCAAAAGACCUCAAUUUCACAAGAGUAAUUUUUUCCAGUAUUGAGUUGUGCGUUUUUACAAAACAAAGGUUUGCGUCGUAAAUUCAAUUAAUGUCUGUAAUUUGGUCAGCUUUAUAACCCGUGAGUUGUUACAUUGAACUUAUAGUAAGUAUAACUUAAGACUUAUCUUCAAACAGUUUGUAUAUUAAUGUUUAAUUUGUGCAGUGCUUGAAUUUGGUUACAUUGGGUUAUCAGCAUUGUUCAAUCUUUGAAAUGGUCACGUGCAGUACUUUGUCUAAUAGAGCAUAUCAGUGAUAGUACUGUACUGAUUAUUUUAGUAACUAUGUAAUUUGGUAAUUUUUUGCAUUAAUUACUUUUAAUAUGUUUUAUUUAUUUGUUCAAUAUUGUGUUAUAAAAGUACUAGUAAUGUAUGCAAUUCCAUAAUAAGAAAAUAUUUUUAAUUGUGCAUAGUUUAGUGUUCUUUAGUAUAUAUAGUACUUCCAUUGUAGUAUGUCAUAAAUUUUUAUACCUACUGGGCUAUUUGUAAUGUAUUCAGAUGAAAAUAAUUUCUUGUAGUGUUAAUUUUUUUUUUAUAAGUAAAUGCCUUUGUUUAAAAUGGUAGUGUGAAUACAAGUAAACUAAUUCAGCAUAAACACAGGAUUAAGAAGUUGUAUGUUGCACUUUUUUUUAAUGUUUUGCUUUUGGUACAGUAAGAUAAUACAGUUUGUAUAGUUGCAUUUUGCCCUUAAGGCUUGUAUUUCAAGGUCAUUCUAUGUGCAGGAACUCAGUUUGUACUUAUACUUCAUGUAUUAGGCUGUAAGAUUACUUUUAUGUUGCCACCAAAAAGAAAUCAUUAAGUUUGUACACCUAUUUUCAGCUUUUCAUCUGUUUUUUAUUCAGUGUACACUGGCCUUAAAUGUACAGUUUCUGUGUUGAUUUUUCUAGGAAAGCAAAUAUAAUGGUGCCGAACAGCAUUUGAUAAAAUUAACAUUUGCAUUUUUUCGAUUAAAUUACAUUAAUACAAAAUUGUAA